GACCCCGAGUCAGUCACGAACACAUAUCCUCUCAUCCCCCUUCUUACUCUUGUACAAAAGACCAUGUCUCCGCGCUGCUUUAUUGUCCGCCACGGCGAAACCGAAUGGUCCCUGAACGGGCGGCACACCGGCAUCUCAGACCUGGCGCUCACAGCGAACGGCGAGAAGCGGAUCCAAGCAACAGGAAAGGCACUGGUCGGAGACGACCGACUGAUCGUGCCACGCAAGCUUGUCCAUGUUUAUGUCUCGCCCCGCACCCGCGCCCAGCGCACGCUAGAGCUUCUGGAGAUCGGCUGCAAGGAGCGGCUCCCGUGGAAGGAGAAGCGCAAGCCCGAAGCCGAGGAAGAAAUCCGGACCAAUGCACGGGUUGAGGUCACCGAGGCCGUGCGGGAAUGGGAUUACGGCGACUAUGAGGGGUUGACGAGUAAACAAAUCCGGGAACAGCGGGCAGAGAAGGGGGAAGAGCCGUGGAAUAUCUGGACGCAAGGGUGUCCGGGAGGGGAAUCCCCCGACGACGUCGUCCGCCGCCUCGACGCGCUCAUCGCCGACAUUAAGGAGAAAUACCACCGCCCCAGUUUCGACAACCCCGACGCGCCGAAGGGUGACGUCCUGGUCGUCGCGCACGGCCAUAUCCUGCGCGCUUUUGCCAUGCGCUGGACGGGGAAGCCAUUGACGGACACCUCAUUGAUUCUGGAAGCCGGGGGUGUGGGCACGCUCAGUUACGAACACCACAGCAUCGACGAGCCGGCGAUCAUUCUCGGUGGAGGGUUCGUGGUGGAGUAG